AAAUAAUUUCAGAAAAAUUUUUUUGACAAAAUUGUAAUAAAAGCACGAUUUUAGGUCUGCAUAGCAUGGAAUGCAUCAAAAUGAAUGAUCGGUCAAUCACGCACCUGAAAGGACAACAAGAAUGGUGGCGCACAACUGAUAAAUAGCUAUGGAGUCUGAUCAUCGAAGGUGGUACCUGAAUGAUGCGUUAUCCUAUGCAGUUGACACAAGCAACAUUGACAGUGUAAAAGAACUGAUAUCAGUUGGAGCUGAUGUCAACCAUUUGUGUAAUGAUCGAGGUCAUGUCCUGGCUUUUGAUGCCAUACAGAAUCAUGGGACAGAUAUUUUAAAGGUCCUUCUUGAGGCUGGUACGAGUGUUGAUGUGAUAGGUGAGACAGGAGGACAUGAUUAUGAGACACUUCUUUGUCUUGCUAGUGCACUUGGCUUUGUCGAUAUUGUUGAACUACUGUUGAGAUUCCACGCAGAUGUCAAUGGAGCAACUGACACGAGCGCCCUUCACAAGGCCAGCAUCAAUGGACAUUUGGAUGUUGCUAAAAUACUAAUAGAAAAUAACGCUAACAUUGAAUUCUUAGACUGUUUUCGCCGGACGCCACUCUACUGUGCUUUCAGCUGCAAGUCAGUUAAAGUUGCACGACUUCUCAUUGCUCACGGGGCUGAUGUCAACUUUGAAUACAAUAGCAAUGCCUUCUUGAAUACCAACACACAAAAAUUAUUAACUGUGGCAAGUGAUGCCAAUAGUACAGAAUUGGUUGAUUUGCUUCUUGAAAAUGGCUACCCAGUCUCAAUCUGGACUGAGUCGGAUGAAGAUUCUGAAAUGGACACCGAGACGGAUUUGACUGAUGAAGAUGAUGAAUGGAGAGAGGAUAAUGGACAGGUUGGUGAGGGGACGAGGUCAUGUGGUGACAGAAAUUUACAUAAUUUGUACAUGUACUUUGAUGCGAAAUGGGAUGUGACACGGCACUUCAUGCUCAAAGAUAUUCACUUUUGUCCCGUUCCUAGACUUCAUAAGAUCUUUCUGAAGGGAGAUAUGAAUGAGAUUAAUGCCCUGUUUGAUGAUCCAUCAAUCCAUGCAUCCGAUAUACGUCGCCUCGACAGAACCAGAAAGUCUGUUUUCCACUAUGCAUUUGCAAACGGUGAACCAGAAGUAGUUGAAAAAUGCAUUUUACUUGCGUCCCGUUUUGGUGUAAAAUCAUAUGGUUUCAAGCCACUCUUCUUUGCUGCGAAACACGGAUAUGUGGAAAUCGUGGAAUGCCUCGUAAAACUUGGCCUUCCACUCCACAAGGGUGACAGCAGCACACAGGAAACCCCGCUUCAUAUUGCCUGUUGCAAUGGACACAACUCGGUGAUUAAAAAACUUGUGGAAUAUGGUGCUGAUGUGAAUGCUCUGAAUAAUGAUGGUUACAAUAGUUUGAGUCUUGUGACAGAGAAUGGUAAUGUGUCCAUGGUCAGGUUCCUCCUGCAACACGGUGCUAAGGUAAUUCCUGAUAAUAUCAUUGGUUGGAGUGGGUGGACGGUGCUUCAUAAAGCAGCAAACUUAAAACACAAAAAUAAUGUAGAGGUUAUGGAAGUUUUGUUGGCACAUUCUCCCAGGCUUGUCAAUGUGCCCGGCAAAUACCAGCGGGACACGCCACUCCAUGUAACCUGUUUUAACGGUGUAGCUGGGGUGGCUGAAUGCUUAAUCCGUCACGGGGCGGACAUUGGCGCCCUUGAUUAUCGAGGUAACACAUCUCUUCAUCUGGCUUGUACCAACCGCCAUCCUGAUAUCGUGUCCCUCCUCAUUCAACAAGGUGCUGAAUUGAACAUAGGAAAUGUGGAUGGUUUGACGCCGUUGGUCUGUGCCGUGGACAGAUUCUGUGAGUAUCCAGUUGAGCUUGAUGUGUCCCGAAUAGUGAUGACUCUGUUGGAUAAUGGAGGAUCUCUCUUCAGCAGUUCUGGUCCAAAAAAACUGACCUGUCACUUUGACAUGCUUUAUAGUUUGUAUGUCAAAAAUGUUUUUAUCUUCGUGACUUUUAUGCAAUUGAGUGCUGGGGUUAUGGGCAAUCUUAAGGUCAAUGUGAGUAACAUGCUUAACCAUAAUGAUCUAGAUUCAGUCCACCUUGUGCAAAAUUGUGGUCACCAACUAUAUCUAUCACCAGAUGUCCUCAGCAAUCCAGACUUUGUUGAAAAAUUCAAUGCCAUUCAGAAUUCACCUCUCUCGCUAAAUUCAAUGUGUAUUCAUAGCAUUCGGAGAUUGCUGCGUCGUCACAAAGGAAGUCUUGUGAAGCUGAUAAGUGUCCUUCCUGUUGCCCCGGGCCUGAAAACCAUGUUGACAUUUCCUGAUAGUCUACAUGCCUGUGACAUGGCGCCAGUGGCUAAACUUCUCUAUUACAUGUGUUCAAUAUCGCUGUGACACUGCUGCGUGAUAUUAGUCGGGCUGUGUGCAUUCUUGUAAGGGAAUAUUAAUCUAAAGACUUGCAGAAAACAAAGUGACUCGCCCAUGUUACAGGAUGUGAUUGUGUCAAAACAAUGGUACGUGCACUUGCAGUUGUAGCUUUUGCUUUUCACUUUUAAUACAUGUGAAAAUGCACUUAGCAAUUUACAUGCUUUUAAAAUUGUGUUAAUUCAAUAAUUGGUGCAUUAUUCCAGUUCUUUGUAUGUUCAUAUUCAUGAACUUUAGAAGA